AUGUCAAUCACUGUAAGAUUUUUCUUUCAUUCACUUUCUUUUGCCUUUGUCUUCUUUUGUAUUUUAUGUCUCUUGCUAUUCUUAUUUCUCCGUUUCUUUGAAGUUAUCCCAUUCCUCGAUAAAAAUUUAUUAUCUUUUCUUUUCAUUUUCUCUCUGUUUAUAUCCUUUAUUUUUCUCCUUCCUUUUACUUGUCUCUCUCUUUUUCCUUUUAUUUCUCUCUCUCUCUCUCCCUUUCUCUCUUUCUGUUUUUAUAUCUGUAUCGCCUUUUAUUUUUCUUUCUCUUUUAUGUUUUCUCUUUUCCCUUUAUUUAUAUCUCCUUUCCUCUUUACUUCUCUUUUUCCUUUUCACUCUCCUUUAUUCUUCAAUUAUCUCUCUUUCUAUCUCUCUCUGUCUCCUUCUCUCUAUUUCCCUCUAUUAUCGCCCUCUUUCCUUCUUUCUUCAUCUCCUUUUAUUUUUCUUUCUUUCCUUUUCUAUUUAUUUAUUGUUUUCUCUUUAUUUCCCUGUUUUCCUUUCUGUUUAUACUCUCUAUUUAAUCUUUUUUCUCUCUCUCGCUAUCUGUCUGUGUGUCUGAUCCUAUUUGUCUUCUUUCUAUCUUCCUCUUUUAUCACUUUUUUUAUUCCCCUUUCUUCUGUCAUUUUUAUCUUUCUCGUUCCCCUUUUAUAUCUUUUCCCUUUUCCUUUUCUUCCCCUCUCUCGAUAUCUCUUUGUUUCUCUAUCUCCCUAUCUUUAUUAUUCUCUCCAUUUAUAUUUAUCUUCCUUCAACUGUCUUUAUUUCUCACAUUUUACGGCUAUUUUUUUUUUAUUUCAUAUUUUUCUAUUUCUCUUUUUCUUUAAAAUCCCAUUCUGGUCUUUGAUUUUUUUUUUCACGUUUCUUUCUUUUUUUUUUCACGUUUCUUUCUUUUUUUUUUCUUUAUUCUUCUUUUCCCCUUAA